UUUUUCUUCGGUAUCGAUGCUGCGUUCGCUAUCGAUGACAUUUUCACAUAAACUUGUGAUUUAUUAUUAUUCGGGCAUUUUCAGUGGUUCAACGUGGUCAUUGGUGAAGAUAAAUAUUAUUACGAUUACCGAUCUGAUUUGUGUAAUACGAGUUGUGAUUUAAUAUUGGAACUAUCUUAAGAUUUAUAUAGUUAAGGGUAGUCUCAAUAAUUCUCUGCUCUGAGCUGUGGUAGUGGUGGUCUGAAACAAACAUGGCGAAGUUAUUGGGGUUAGAUAAAAUCAAGAAAUUUUUUCAAGUAAUAUGGGAUAAUGGGGGUAUUUAUAAGAGCUUGCGAAGUCUAUACAGAAUGGAUGCGGUAAAAAGUGGUACCCUAGUAGGCGUGGAUUCAGAUGGUAACAAAUACUAUAAAAAUGAUGGCUAUUUCUACGCUAGCAACCGAUGGGUAGUAUAUGCAGAUAAAUAUGGUAUGGAUUAUGAUGGUUCCCAAGUAUCACCUGAAUGGUUUGGUUGGUUGCAUUACAAAACAGAUUUAACUCCAAAUGAAGACCCUACAAGACCAAAGUAUAAGUGGAUGGCAAAACACAAACCAAAUUUAUCUGGUACAAACCAAGCUUAUAUGCCUUAUAGUACUGUACCACCAAAGAUUCAAACUUGGAAACCGCAGUAGUGAUAUAUACUUUGUUGUAUGACGUUAAGUAAAAGAAAUGUUUAGAUUUAUUGCAACAAUCGUGUAUAUUAUCUAAUGUAUAUUAUGUAAUUUAAUGUAAAUAAAGUCAUUAUUAGUACAAAAAAUCUA